ACACGUCCGGUCGGGAUCGUAUAAAUUAACACGUUACCUGAUGGGCUGGGAUCGAAGCAUCAGCGUAGACGAGCUCGACUUCUCUCAACAUGCGCAUAAUUUUCCUCUUCGCGUUGGUUCUGUGUGGUCUGUUUCUUAAUGGAUGGUGUGAAGAGGAAGAUGAUGAAACCGAUAAGAUAGUCAGUGGUUAUCGCGUUCCCAAUAAUAGAGUUUAUCCCUACAUGGUCUACUUUACCCAAAGGAAUCGAUUACGACAAGAUACGUUUAUAUGUUCCGGUACUUUGGUCGGGCCAAGAAAAGUUUUAACAGCCGCUUCUUGCUUCGAACAAUUCGAUUCAAAUACUUUUCAGCCAAGCUUUUUCACACCUGUCGCACGGAUGAACACAGAAAUUCUAGGCGGUCCGUACACAAUAUCGCGGAACAUUAUCCGUGUCGUCAAGCAUCCGCAGUACAAUCCAGCUAACGCCGGCAACCACGACAAUAUUGCUGUUGUUACCCUGGACACAGAACCCCCCCGAUUCGAUGUGGGCAGCCCGAUUCUGUUCAACGGAAUGCAAAUCGGCGUCGUCGGGAAAAAUAUGCGUUGCGGCGGAAGUGAGCCGAUCGUUGCCAGCGGUUGA